AUGAGAUUUUCACUCGACGAGAUAUCCGUUGAUAGCAGCUCUGAAGACGAUCGCAGUGAUCAUGAUAAUAAUGAUAUAGCCUCGGCCUGCUCUUCUGAAUCAAGCCUAAAUGAAUAUAGCUUCAUUAAUACUGGUGAUGAAGAUGAUGGCGUGCCUCAGCUGUAUCUGCCCAAGUAUGAGAGCGUUCACGGUUUGCGUGUUAGGAAGAACCAAGGUGCCGCUGAGGAAGAAAGAUUAGACCCUGAAUUAAUGCGAUUGAUGGGUAUCUUGCAAUCAAAGCUGCCUAGAGCUAUGGAAAGAAGCAUUAUUCCCUUAACAAAUCUAGACAGUAUGAGUGAUAAUACUGGCGCUGAUGCCACUGCGAUCGGGGUAGAAAAUAAAUUUCAAGAAACCAGAAGCCAAAGCGUCUCUAAAACAGAUAUCAGCAAGCUGCUUUCUGCAAUGCAAAACUGUUUUCUCUCUAAGCUUAAUAAUCUAGAGGAAGAAAAUAAGAAGCAGGUCGAAUGUGUUACAAUUAUCAAGAAAAAGGAUGAAGAAGAGCGGAGACGUAAAAUGAAGGAAGAACGAAAACGUAUGGAGGAAGAAGAAAGGAAACAACGUCUAGCUGAGGAAGAAAGGCAACGUCUGAUUGAUGAGCAGAGAAAACAAGAAGAAAAGGAAUUGAGAAUAAAAGAAGCGGAAGAAAAGAAAGCUAAAAUUGCACGAGAAGCUGAGAGGAGGGCUGAAGAAGAGCGUAGGAAACUGCAGGUGCAGCAAAAAUUGAAGCAGGAAGAAUUGAAAUCAAAUGCAGUGACGAACUUCGAAGCAAUUGAGCAGCUGUUUUGCAAGUACAAAGAAAAGAUCGCCACAAUCAAGAGAGAUAUUGUCGAACCGAUCAAAAAAGCAGAUCCAACUUUGAGAGCAUUAUUAUCCAGGCACAAAAGGAAAGUCAAUCCUAAAUUUGGACAGUUGACCAAUAGCAACCAGCAGCUGGAAAAAAUACAAUUCGAUAUCUGCAGUUUGGUUGACGAAACGCGAAGUAAUGACCUUGCUUACCGCUGGAUUCUUAAUUUUAUUGCUAAAGCAAUGGUGCAUCAGGCUGAGACGGAAGCUAGAGUGAAGCCAGAAUCCGGAUUACCUCUUGGGAAGCUGGCACUAAACUUGCUUGUCAAAUAUCCUGAACUGGAGGACUUGCUACUGGCACGUUUCGUGAAAAAGUGUCCGUUCGUCAUCGGAUUCACUGCAAAUAUCAAUACAGAAUUGGGACGUCAAAAAAUGGGUUGGAAACGUAAUUCUGAUGACAAAUGGGAAGAGGAGACAUCUUAUGAUGAAAGGAUGGGCGGUAUAAUGACAUUCUACGCUCUAAUUACCACGCUGCCACUACCUGCGCAGGUUAUCAACUCAAGAGAGCAUCCUCUUCCCAUUUCUAAAUCGUGGCAUAUUCUUGCUCGGAUUUGCAAUACAUCUGUGGACCUACUGACAAAUACACAUUUCGUCGUUCUCGGGGCCUGGUGGGAUGCAGCAGCCUCCGUUUUUUUGCAAGCUUACGGAAAUCAAGGUCGCAAGCUUUUGCAGUUAGUAUCAACGGAUCUAACGUUAUCAGUUGCCGAUAGAAAGUACGUUGGUGCUGCCAGAUUACGCAUACUUUUUGAAGAAUGGCAAACAGCAGGCAUUAAGUCAUUCCCGGCAAUGGAAACAUGA